CAGUUCGCGUCAGUUCGGAAUCGAAACUCAACAACUCAACACGUACGGAGCAAUGGAUUACUGAGCUACUCUCGAUACUAAUUUAUGCAUUUAAAGCUAGAAUAAAGUACAAAAAUAAAGUAUUUACCGGACUCAAUUGUGAUAGUUGGCUUUGUAACAACAAGCAAGAGCAACAACAAAGAAACGAACGAGAUAACAGAGAACGCGUGCUUGUCUAAGUGUAACUGUAACAUUAUUGUGUUUUUCCGUUCAUUUUGUUCACGGAAAAUCAAUAUUGACUGUGAAAGCGCAUUAUUAUACGAUUUCCAUAUCGUCGAAUCUCAUCGCAGAGGAAAUUUCCAGCGGGAACUUGAGUUUUUCAAGAAAAAGAGAAAAGCCGUCAAGUUUCGAGCUCAGAGGGUAGCAGCCGGAGAAGUAUUUAAGGAUCAACAGUCUUGUGGAGAUAACCAAUACCAGAACGCAACAUGGCAACAUUUGUGCUAGCCGAUCUUCCGUCGUAUGGACCCAGCGCUUUCGACCUAGUACACGAUCAGGUGGAUAACAAUACGAACGCGACGACGACGCAGCUAUUCAAGAACAAUAUCUACACCAUAAUGAACGAUUUAAACCGCGAGGAGGCGCGCCUGAAGACCUUCACCAACUGGCCGCUGGAGUGGCUGGAUAAACGCCAAUUGGCCCAGACGGGCAUGUUCUACACCCACGUCGACGACAAGGUGAAAUGCUAUUUCUGCGGCGUGGAAAUCGGACGCUGGGAGCAGGAGGAUCUACCCGUUCCGGAGCAUCAGCGAUGGUCGCCCAACUGCCCGCUGCUGCGCCGACGCACCACAAACAAUGUGCCCGUCAAUGGGGAGGCAUUGGAUCGCAUCCUGCCGCCGAUCAGCUACGAUAUCUGCGGUGCCAACGACUCGACGACGGCGGUGGAGCUGCGGGAGCAUGCCUACGCCGAAGGACGCAUACCCAUGUCGCAGCUGAUCCAGUCGAUAGGCGUGAAUACAGCGAAUGCGGCCGCUUCUGUCGCUGGAAUAUCAUCCUCCCCGCCGCCAAUGAGCUCGAUUGCCGCCACGCAUGCGUCAACGGCCACGCAGGCCAACGGCGAUGUCCAGCCGGAGACGUGUCGUGCCCCAGCCGCCAGUGGCAAUUAUUUUCCCGAGUAUCCCGAAUACGCCGUCGAGUCGGCACGCCUGCGCACCUUCGAGGCGUGGCCGCGGAACCUAAAACAAAAGCCCCACCAGCUGGCCGAGGCGGGUUUCUUCUACACGGGCGUUGGAGAUCGCGUCCGCUGCUUCAGUUGCGGCGGUGGUCUCAAGGACUGGGACGACAACGACGAGCCCUGGGAACAGCAUGCCCUGUGGCUCAGUCAGUGUCGUUUCGUCAAGCUGAUGAAGGGUCAACUCUACAUCGAUACUGUGGCUGCCAAACCAGAACCAGCCGAGGAGAAGGAGGAGGAGAGUUCGAUAGUAGGAGUCGAGGUGGCCAGCAGACAGGUCUCAGCGGAGGAGGAGGCAUCGCAGGCGGCCAGUUCGGGGGAUGUUGCCCCGUCCGUGGCUCCCACGGCAGCCACCCGCAUCUUCGAGAAAAUUCAGGAGGCAUCAUCAUCGGUGGCCUUGGCCUCCAACAACAGCGGCUCCUCCUCCUCCAUACCCGAGGAGAAGCUGUGCAAGAUCUGCUACGGCGCCGAGUACAAUACGGCAUUCCUGCCCUGCGGUCAUGUGGUGGCCUGCGCCAAGUGCGCCUCCUCCGUGACCAAGUGCCCGCUGUGCCGGAAACCCUUCACCGAUGUGAUGCGUGUAUAUUUUUCUUAAAAUCCCUAACCUGCAGUCAGGUUGAAUUCAAAUUAAGAAUUAACAUUAUGAAACCCAU